AUGACAGCAAACGAGCGAGUUCAAGGUAAGAAUGAGAUCAAUCAAGAUGCCGAGCAACAAGCGAUUGGCGUCGCGAAGACGAUCGACCAGGACAACGAUUCCCAAUCACCCUCUGUCUAUUCCGACAUGCCUCGACUUGCAUGGGAUUGGAUACGCUGGUCUGGUGCCAAAACGUUCGAUGGGAUGGAUUUUGCCGGUGAGGUGCUAGCGAACUUCCUAGGACUCAAUCAAUCCAAGUACCAAUGGAUCAUCGCUGCUCAAGAGCGUGAAGAGGAGGAAAAACAGCAGCGGCGCCUUGAAAAGCGUCAGCGACGUCAACUUCGUCUGGAGCAGUUAUUAGAGGCAGAGCAGCGCAAGCUUCAGGAGCUUGAACUAGGUGCUCGUGAGCAGGAUGCAGUGCUAUUAGAUACACCCGCUACGAUGUAG